AGAGCGGCUCGGUUAACGCGAGGGACGGGACUCACCAAACACCCGGAUAUAAACCGGCUCGCGUCUGGACUUAACGGGAUUCAGCCAAGACUUUAAGGAUGCCAAACUGGGGCGGAGGAAACAAGUGUGCCUCCUGCAGGGGGACAGUGUACCAUGCGGAGGAGGUCCAGUGCGAUGGCCUCAGCUUCCACAAGUGCUGCUUCCUCUGCUUGGUUUGCAGAAAAGGCCUGGACAGUACAACAUUGGCGAUACAUGACCAGGAAAUCUACUGCAAAUCCUGCUACGGCAAGAAGUAUGGUCCAAAAGGCUACGGCUACGGUCAGGGCGCCGGGACACUCAACAUGGACAGAGGAGAGAGACUGGGCAUCAAGCAGCCUCAGACCCAGUCUCACAGACCGACCACAAACCCAAACCCGUCAAAAUUUGCUCAGAAAUUUGGAGGAUCAGAGAAAUGCUCUCGAUGUGGAGACUCUGUGUAUGCAGCAGAGAGGAUUAUGGGAGCAGGGAAGCCGUGGCAUAAGAACUGUUUCCGUUGUGCAAAGUGUGGGAAGAGCCUGGAGUCGACCACACAGACGGAGAAGGAGGGAGAGAUCUACUGCAAAGCCUGUUAUGCCAAGAACUUCGGCCCUAAAGGCUUCGGAUAUGGCCAAGGUGCUGGUGCGCUGGUCCACGCUCAGUAAUCCAACCUCCAUCACAUUCAAUAGAAAGAAAAAUAUAUAUAUUUUAUGUACAUUCCAAUCAAACAUGGAGUCUCUAAUGGUAAAAGUCCUGUAUUGUGCUAUAGAACUACUUUUCGUUGUUGUUUUGUUACAUCUAUGCAGUGGUGGUUUUGUUACUGAAAAGUGCGGAUGACAGAUUAUACUCAUUUCUCUACUACAACAUAGUUAAUAUCAUUAGAUUUAAGACUUUACUAACACUGUUCCUAUUUUUUAAUAAAGGGACAUAUUACUAAUUCUGACUAUAACAAGUCAGAAUUAGAGAUAUGCUAAUUUGUCAAAUGCACUUUAAAUAAAAGUACUGAAGUACCCAUUUAAAAAGUAUUAAGAUGUGUGUUCAACUGAACUCAAUUGAUCAGUUUACCCUCAGCCACUCCAGUAGGCCUGAAACUAUAAAAAAUACUUUUACUUUUCAGUCCACUUUCCACCACUGCAUCUGUGCCCAAGUGAGUAAUCAUAUAUGCUGAUUUUUAAACAUAUAAAUGAUUAUUUCAGUGCAUUAUCUUGACGUUAAAGCAUCUAUGUGUUAGCAUCAUUUUGCUAAUAACUGUGCUGCAGAUAAUCAAGCUACACUCUCAUUUCUUACCAACAAAUAAUAUCAGACACAUAACGCAAGCAUUGAUAACAAAAGAACCAGCUAAAGGCAUAUUAUAAAGACUCCACCAGGACAAGAUACAAGUCAGGUCAGUGGAGAGGAAACCCUGCACACAGAAAAUAUGCAUGUUUUUCAGGGUAUUAUUUAAGCAAUGAAAACACCUGUACAAGAAUUUAUGUUUUGUAUUAUGCAAAAUCUGAAUUUUGAAGCUCUCUAUCAUGUUUUAAGAUUGUUCCCUCAUCAAAAACAUGCUUGAAGAGGUUUUAUGUCAUCUAUGCAUGUUUGCGUGGUCUUGCGAACUCUCCUGGACCCUAUACAGUAUGAUCCUGUAAAAAUCUCAGCCCAUGACACACGACAAUUCUCCAUAAAUAUACAAAAGCAUGAUACAAAACAGUACACUACAACUUUACAAACCUGAUGCAGGGAAACGUUCCUUAUUUUGGAACAUUCCUGGCAAAGCAAUAACAUAGUCCUUUAAAAAUAGGCUAGAAUGGGAUUUAAAAAAAAAAAAAAAUCAUAUGUAAUGUAUGUUGACCAACAGUUUUUGAUGAACUUGUGUAUACUGAAUGUUGUGGUAAGAAUAAACCAGUCCAGACA